AUGAAAGGCCUCUCAAGUAGCCGGAGCCACCAUCACGCCAUAUCCUACGAGCAGCCGUACGAUCCGCUGGCUCAGCACGUCGACCGCAAGCCAUACUUGAUUAGUCAGAUGGACAUGCCGCUUCCCAUUGCCGUGCCGCAUCCCAACGAGCUGUCCUAUUACAACGCUCACCGGACAUCGUACCCCUCCGACAACAACAACAUCGUCCCGUACGGAACCUUUCCCAGAAGAUGCCAUUCCAUCUCUUCGUCUCACCAUCCUGAGGUAAAGGAUGAGUGUAUGGCCAUGGUGCCCUAUGUAGGAGGAGGGGGAGGAGGAGGCUAUGGAGGUAAAACGCCCACCCGACUACAGGCAAGCUUUUCAGAAUCUUUCGAGCAACAGCCGUCCUUUUCCAGGGACGGCUACCACACGCUGCAAUACAAACGGGGAAUGUUGGCCCAGAGCGGGGCCGCGGGGCCCAACGCCAACAACGACAGUCCGGGGAGGAUCCGCCACCUGGUCCACUCGGUCCAGAAGCUGUUCACCAAGUCGCAUUCGCUGGAGGGGCCGCACCACACUCAGUCCGUCAAGGGGGCCAAUAACGGGAGCGUCAACGGCGGCGUCGGAGCCGGUCCGAGGGCCAGUCCGGAAGGCCAUAGGAAACGCAGCAAGAGUCGCGAGCGCUGCCGAUCGGCGGAGCCCAAACAUCGAAGCCACCACCAUCACCACCACCAGCUCCACGGCUCGGCGUCCGCGCCGGGCUCGGGCUACUGGAGCUCGGACGAUAACCUGGAACGAGAACUGUGUCUCUACCACCCUCACCACCACCAGCCGCCACCCUCGCCCGCACCCUCCGUUUCCCCUUCGCCCAUCGCCAUGACCAUGGGCCGGUAUCCGGGCAACAACCCAGACAAGUACCCCCAGUCACAAGCGUACUUCAUGAUGGACCCUUACGGUACGAUGGGCGAGCACGCGCAUCACGGCCACCCGCACCGCCACCCCGCCCUCAAAGUCUCGCGGAGCAACAACGACGUCAAGUACGCGGCGCCGCCCGCCCGCGUGCCGGUUAGCGCUAGCGGCAAUAACAUCGGAGGAAGCGGUCCCUUGCUGUCUCUGGGUCUGGUGGAUGCGCCCCUUGUGAAGAAAGGGGCGUGGUCGUCCAGCUUAACGGUGAGCAGGGCCCGAGAGGUCUACACCAACAACAGCAGCCACGAGCAGCUCCGAGCCGGCGCAGGAUCCGGUAACCUAAAACUAGAUAGAGCUCUAAUCAAAUCUAAGAGCAGUCAGCAUCAGGAGCGCACUUGCCAUUUCUUACAGGUACCUCAGGAUGAGUGGAGCGGGUUCUCUCCUUUGGGGAAGGAAGACGACAUUCCGUGUCGGAGGAUGAGGAGCGGCAGCUAUGUGAAAGCCAUGGCUGAGGAUGACAGCGAAGACUCGGACGGGAGUCCUAAACCAUCUCCCAAGAUUCAAGCGCGACGCGCCAGUUACUUGAAAGCAACGCAGCCUUCGCUGACGGAAAUGACCACUCUACAGAUUUCAUCUGAACAUUCCCCAAAGCUACAGAUCAGGAGCCACAGCUACCUGCGUGCGGUGAGUGAGGUUUCAAUCAAUAGAAGCCUGGACACCCUGGAUCCCAAAACCCUUCUCGACCCCAAAUCGUUGCUGUCCUCACCCCAAUACCGAUCACGCAAUGAAAGCUACAUGAGGGCCAUGAGCACCAUCAGUCAGUUGAGUGAAGUUGAGGUGAAUGGGCAGAUUGAGCAGGUAUGUGAGCAGGUCUAUAGCCAAAUGCAAGCUCAGGCCAUGGAAGCUGCCAUGAACAGGAUGGAAAGGAUGGACAGGAUGGAAACCAUGGAUACGUUGCCCAUGCCAGGAUGUUUCCGAAUGAGGAGCCACAGUUACGUGAGAGCCAUCGAUCAGGGCUGCGCUGCCGAGGAAGAGGGGGAAGGAGGAAGACCGCUGCUCCUGUUGCCGUCCUCUCCGCCGCGCACCUCCGCCACCACUGUCAGGACAAUCCAAAGCAGCACAGUUUCAUCUUGUAUCACAACAUAUAAGAAAACUCCUCCGCCAGUGCCACCGCGAACCUCCACCUGUUCUACAGCGUCCAAGCCGUACAUCUCCAUCACAGCGCAGAGCAGCACAGAGUCUGCGCAGGAUGCUUACAUGGAAGAAGAGGGACCAAGAGGCGACAUGACUAUCCAGUCGGGGCUCAGUAAUUCCACAGAAAGCAUUGACAGCAUGAAGGCUUUGACUGCUGCCAUCGAGGCUGCCAACGCACAGAUACACGGGCCGGCCAGUCAGCAUGUCAAUAACAGCACUGUGACAAUCAACAGUCCUGCUCCCCCGGUCUUGAGCCGAGGUCUGAUUGUGGAAGACCACCAUGAUGAAUACAGGAAAGAGGCACUCAGGAAGGGCAAAUGUCUCUCCAUAGGUAUCCAGGUGGACGGACCAGAGGAAACGCCAGACCCGGAGGACCCAUCUAAGUUCACCUCUGUUGGAGUGCAAGUGGAGGAUGACAGACGGUAUCGUCGCUUCCAACGUUCGAACAGUGUGACGACAGCUGUACAGGCAGAUUUGGACAUGCCAGGCUUUCUUGACACUCCUCUGGACUCCUCUGACACGGAUUUAGAAGCGCUGUCAUCCGGUGUCCUUUCACGUCAAUACUCCCGCGAUGCUGCCACCUCGACCGUCAGCAUCCAGGGCUCAGGGAACCACUAUCACGCCUGUGCCUCGGAUGAGUACGAGGACGUGGGCUUCGACCCGUCCAUUCUUCCUCCGCCGGACCCUUGGAUAGACAGCAUCAGUGAAGACUUACCUGAUGCGGUGCAGAGGUCAGUGUGUCAGCGAGACGGUCGUUGGUUCCUGAAGCUGCUGCAGGCCGAAAGCGACCGCAUGGAGGGCUGGUGCCGACAAAUGGAAAUGGACCAACAACAUAAUAACCUUCCGGAGGAUGUUCUGGGGAAGAUACGGAGUGCCAUCGGAAGUGCUCAGCUGUUGAUGUCCCAAAAAUUCCAGCAGUUCAGGGAACUGUGUGAGGAGAAUUUGAACCCCCAUGCCCAUCCUCGUCCCGUAGCCUCCGACCUGGCUGGUUUUUGGGAUAUGCUUCAGUUGUCCAUUGAGAACAUUAGCCUGAAGUUUGAUGAGCUCCACCAACUCCGAGCCAACAAUUGGAGACCCCUUGACCCACCUGAGAGAAAGGAGCGACGGCUCCCACCUCCAGUUCCCAAAAAGCCGCCCAAGGCCCCGCACCAGCACCCCCCUCUGGCCCGGGACCGCUCGCUGGAGAGUUCCGAGAAACAGCGACAGGAGGCCAGGAAGCGCCUGAUGGCCGCCAAGAGAGCCGCCUCCGUGCGACAAAACUCCGCCACGGAGAGCGCCGACAGCAUCGAAAUCUACAUUCCCGAGGCGCAGACCAGGCUAUGA